UUCGUGGUUUGGGCCCAUGACAAUUUGAAUUGCUCAUUCCUUUUCUGAAAGACGCUCGCUCAUGCUGCCAACUUCGGAAAUCGGCCGAAACAAGCUAGAACCUAGAAAUAGAAGAACCAGGAUCAGAGAUCAGUAUCGGCAUAAUGGCUGAUGCUAUGGAUCAAGACCAAGGACCGCCCCAGGGUCCACCGGGUCCACCGACAGGGAAUACGAAUACGUUCACGAAUAAAGAGAAAACGGAAAUGGCAGCCAUGAUGGCCACCAUGGCAGAAAAGAUAUAACAGCUAGAGUUAGCUCUAGGAAAGGCUACAGAGGCCAAGACACCGCAAACAAAAAAAGGACAGGAAUCAGAAACUCCCGAAACCAACGAGAUUCGAGGGAGACAAGAAGAAGUACAAAGUUUGGAGAGCAAAGAUGCAAAACAAGAUUCAAGUGGAUGGACAUCUUGUCGCUCAUGAUCACGUAACCGCAAUUGCCUAUAUCUGUGCCUUCCUCGAUGGAGAACCCGCGCUGUUUGCUACGCAAUGGAGGGACAGGAACACGGCUUCCCAGGAUGUAGAGAAAUUUGUGGCUUUCCUAGAUUCGAGAUAUCGAGACGAAUAUGAGGCUGAACGUGCUUAUUCUCAAUUCGUUCGCCUAAAGCAAGUCAAUAAGCCGUUUCCAGAGUUUAUGAAAGAACACCAACGACUCCAGACCGAGGCUCAGAUGGAUUACCAAGAUGCUCGAACUAAAAUCAACGUUCUCCAAGAAAAGCUGAGCAGUGAGAUGCGACAACUCAUUCUCCCUGCAACUAUCGCGGGUCUUGAUUUCAGCAACUAUGAUAAGUUCGUCGAUAUACUCUAUACGGCCCACUACGCCUCUGAAGCAGCUCACGCUUCAACCUCUCGAUGGGUUCCUAGAAACCACGGAGGUACGUCACGAUCGCAAUACCGACCACCAUCUUCAACGCCUACGGUCCCGACCCCACCGCAAGUCCAAGUCUUAGCGCCCGCACCAUCCCCGGCUAAUCCGGACGCAAUGGAUUGGACAACGCGUGUCACUCAAACGCAAGCUGCUCAGGCCUUGACGCAGAACCGACCGUCGCGCUCCUUACACCCGAAUCCUGACAACCGUCCGAAAGGGCGCCCAAUCAAUUCCAAAGAAUUCCAAGCACGACAAGCCGCAGGAGUCUGUUUCACCUGUGGAAACGCAGGGCAUCGCUCCUUCCAAUGCUACUAUACACCUCCCCCUCGACGAACCCAGACGAGCGGAGUUUUCACGAAUGGAAUUCUUACGGAAAAGCCCCAACCAGUAUUGUUAACUUCCCAGAACAAUGAGUAAGGACAAGCAGAAGAGACGGAAUCGGAAAACGAGAUGCCCUAGCCGAAAGUCGGCGCCUAGGGCCUAAGGAUGGAAAAGUCUACAAUAAGUUGAUAAAUGAAUGGAAUUCAUUUAACAUGGAAGGAACACUUUUUACUAUCCCCGCAUACGUGAACAAGCAACACAACGUCCUUACCCUGAUCGAUAAUGGGUCGCAAUCUUAUAGACUGA